UCAUAUACAUAUGUAUAUGUGUAUCAUUAUUAUUAUUGGCAGUAGUGUCAUGUAUUGAUAUAUUGUUAUAUAUAUGUAGACUUAUAUUAUUUCUAUAAAAACGUCCAGCUGACAUUUGACAAUCGAUAGUAAUAAUCAUAACUAGAGUUACCGAGAGUAGAGUAGCGGGUAUAUUUAAUUAACCAAGUCUUCCUUAGUUAAAAAUAACAUCCAUAUAUAGCAUACAUCAGUUUAUUAUUGUCUGAAAUGUCAGUAAUACAGAGAAACGUCGUCAAGAGAGAAACUGAUAAUCACACCCACUAUUACGUGCAUACACUCGACGUCUAGGUUAUAUUUUGACAGCACAUUUAAGUAUGCAAUUAUUUAUCUGACUAUUUAUUUACGGUCCAUUUUAUCCACUGGCCAGAUGACAAUAAUUACAGUGAUAAAUAAUUUAUAAAAAAAACCGCUGAUACCAGAUAAAUGAAGAAAUGGAUAUAAUAGAUAUUGAAAGUAUUGAAUCAAGUACAAGACCAAUUAAAAAUUCAUCAGUUAAAUGCAACUGUGUAAGUUCAAACUCUGUGUGUUAUAUUGUAGUAACAAUCGCAACUUUAGCAUUUUUGGGCGCUAUCGUCUUUAUAUGCAAAGAUUACAUUGAAAAAUUAUUGUAUUGGAUAGAACAUAAAGACAUAUGGGUGAUAAGCAUUAUUGUAAUAUCACUAUUUACAGUGGUAUCAUUUCCCAUAGUAGUUGGUUAUUUAUUUUUAAUAAUUGCAAGCGGUUAUUUAUUUGGUAUUGUCCGAGGUAUUGCGCUGGUUGUAUUGGGCGCUAAUUUAGGUAUUGCUAUUGCACAUACAACACUCAGUGCAUUGUCAACAAAAUUACCAAUCGGUGCAUUGUUGAGAAGUGAAACUGCACGAGCGAUAUUGAGAGUCAUAUCUGGACCUCAAGCAUUCAGAGUUGUGCUCUUCGCUAGACUUACUCCCAUUCCAUUUGGCCUACAGAACACCAUUUUUGCUGUGAGCAACAUCAGUGGUCUCAGGUAUCACAUCGCAAGUGCUAUUGGUUUGUUGCCGGCUCAAUUGAUUAAUGUUUACCUUGGAAGCAGCUUGCGAUCAAUGCAAGAUGUGCUGCAAGACAAGUCAACUGCUGCAACGGGCUACAUUGUAUUUUGUUUUCAAAUAAUUAUUGGAGUGUCACUGAUGGUCUACGUAGUGCAGAAAGCGCGCCGAGAACUUCACCUUGCGCUUCUGGAAGCUGAUUUAGCGGCAAUGUCUGAUAACUCACAUUAUCUACAUGACGCAACACCUGAUUCCAAAGGAUCGCUAUCGUCACUGAUGGCAUAACCAAUUGAUUAUUAUCAGGCACGUAUGUAAUUGUAAUUAUUAAUGAGAUAUCAGCAAAAGCAAAUACUGUUAGAGAUUUUCGUGAUAAGAUAAGACUUAAAAUUGCGAGGAAUUUAAAUCAUGACCUAAUUUUAGAUUUUGGUUCAAACGCAUUUACGUACAAAUUAUAUAUGUAUUUAUGAUCCUGAUAUUAAGAGACAAUUAUCAAAUUUCGGAUUUGUUUUUCAACAAAGCAAUUACUGAAAAAAACGAAAACUUAAAAUAUGCACAUGUAGAAAAUUUCAAAAACGAUAAGUGAGAUUUAAAAAAAAAUUUUUUAUCAUUUAUCGUUUUUAAAAAAAUACUAAAAUUAUUAAACCUCAGAUUACUUCAGUAUCAUAUAUAUUUAUAUAUUUUAUUAGCGUAUAUGCACUUACCGGUGUGCCAAAAUUAUUAACCUAAACUUUUAUUAUU